CAUUUUCAAUGCACCAUCCAGGCUUUACAAGAUGAGCUCAGAAUCCAGCGUGAUCUCAACCAGCUUUUUCAAUCCGAUUACUCGGAGUCCGGGCGCCUUGGAAACCAGCCCAUUUCCCCUCAAGAGAUGACAGAGGAGAACUUUCUGCGUCUCCAUGCCGAGUACGAGCGGCAAGUCAAAGAGCUCUUCCUGCUGAGAAAGACUGUCGAAGAAAUGGAGCUGAGGAUAGACACACAGAAACACACACUUACUGCCAGGGACGAAUCAAUAAAGAAGCUACUGGAAAUGCUGCAGAGUAAAGGCCUGUCGUCCAGGGCAGCUGAGGAGGACCACGAGAGGACGAGGAGACUGGCGGAUGCAGAGAUGACCAUCCACCAGCUGGAGGGCCUGCUGGAGCAAAAAGACAAGGAAAUGCUUCAGCUGAGAGAGGAGCUGCACAGGAGAUAUGAAGCAGCUCCAGAGUCGACAAAAACCAAAGCCCUGCAGACAGUCAUCGAAAUGAAGGAUGCAAAAAUCAGCUCGAUGGAGCGCGGCAUGAGAGAGCUGGAGGAGGAGGUGAUGAUGCUCAAGUCCAACGGAGCUCUGAGCAGUGAGGAGAGGGAGGAGGAGAUCAAGCAGAUGGAGGUCUACAGAUCCCACUCCAAGUUCAUGAAGAACAAAGUUGAGCAGCUGAAGGAAGAGCUAACUCACAGCCAGUCAGAGAAGGAGGAGCUAAAGCAGCGAGCCAAUGAGCUUCAGCAGGAGGUGUCUGCAAUGGAACAGGCCAAACAGGAGCUGGGCCGUAAAGACAGUGAGCUACUGGCUUUCAGGACCAAACUGGAAACUCUGAACAAUCAGUUUUCUGACAGUAAACAGCAUAUAUCCGAGGUGACAGAGGAGAAAAGCACUCAGCAAGGAGAGAUCACGGACCUCAAAGACAUGCUGGAUGUCAAAGAACGCAAAGUUAACGUGCUGCAGAAGAAGAUUGAGAAUCUACAGGAUCAGCUGAGGGAUAAAGAGAAACAGCUGAGCGGCCUCAAAGACAGAGUCAAGUCUCUGCAGACCGACACCUCCAACACAGACACUGCACUGGGAACACUGGAGGAGGCACUGGCUGAGAAGGAACGAAUCAUUGAGCGGUUGAAGGAUCAACGGGAGAAGGACGAGAGAGAAAAGGGGGAUGAAAUGGAAUCCAGCAAGAAGGAACUGAAAGAACUGAAGGAGAAAGUCUCCCAGCUGCAGGCUGACCUGGCUGACCGGGAGACAUCAGUGUUGGAUCUUAAAGAGAAGGCUUCCUCUCUGGCUUCCUCGACUCUGAAGAAGGACAACAGGCUGAAAAGUCUGGAAAUCAACCUGGAGCAGAAGCGAGAGGAGUGUAUCAAACUGGAGAACCAGCUCAAGAAGGCUCAGAGUGCAGCAGCAGACUCCCAGGCCAACGGUGAACUCUCCGAACGCAUCUCCUGCUUAGAGCAGGAAGUGAGCCGGUACAAAGAGGAUGCCGGGAAGGCCCAAUCAGAGGUGGAACGACUUCUGGAAAUCCUCAGGGAGAUGGAGAAUGAAAAGAACGAUAAGGAGAAAAAGAUCCAUGAAUUAGAGAGAAAUCCCUCCACCCCUCAUCUGUGGCGCUCUCAGCAGUCGCGAAAACAGACCCCGCCCCCUGCUGCCUCUCAGCAGCCAGUGGGGGGGCUGGUGUGGGACUACUUGGGC